AUGGGGGUAAAGGACCUGGGGGAGCCGCUCACUUCCACAUUAGUUUCAGAUACAAACGUUGAUGAUAUUCAGACCAAGGCUAAUUUGAAGACAUUAAAAAAUGAAAUACUGGGAACCUUUCUACAUGUAGAUGGGCCUGAGCUGCCAAGAAAUUCACACUUGGACAAUACUUUCGAGCUAUUUUUUCAGAAGGCAAGCAAGUUAGAAGCCAAUGUAAAACAAGAUGAGCUUACAGGAGCAAAAGCUGCAUCCAAUGAACGUGAGCGCCACAGAGAAGAACUAGACAUGUCGCGAAUACGUACUAUGAAUUUUUCAGCUAUUAAAAAGUUUGAUGUCCCAUCACGCUUGUCUUUAGUCACCUCUUCCUUAUCAAAGCAAGAACUAUACGAACAAUGUGAAGAAAAUAAAUAUAGUUUGCCCAACAAGUCCCGCAAUCCUGUGGUCGAAAAAAUUCUUCACAAUAUAUUACCUAUAACUAAUUCUGUGCUUUUUUCAUCAGACUUAAAGAACUCUCUUGCUUCAGCGCAUUUGGCUCAAAAUUGGUGCGCAAAGUGUGCUACCUCCUUUAGACUUACUAGCGAUCUGGUUCAGCACAUGCGUAUUCAGCACAGUUACUCAAAAUCAUGCCGUAGCAGCAAACGAAAUUUAGGAAUAAAUAUGAAUGACUCAGAGGUGGAAGAUGAAGAGGAGGAGAAGUAUAAAGCUGAAGAGAAAGAAGAAGACGGUAUAAAGCCGGAGCUAGAUGGGUUAAUUUCCGAUAACUCAUUUGAAUCUACAGAGAAGAGAUGGCGUGCUCCGAUGAAAGAACGCAGAAGACCUCUCCUAUACCGCAAGGAAUCUAACUCAGCAUCAGCGAGAUAUUUACAUGCAAAACGAGGAAUACAAUCUUUAGAGUGUUAUGUAUGUGGAGAAUUAUUUCGUGAAAGGCAUCAUCUAACUAGACAUAUGAUGUCACAUGAUUGA